AUGAUUACUAUGGAUUUGAUCUGGCUUACUUUACUUGUUUUACUAAUGCCGAUAAAUGGUCAGCUGAUUGAUGACGGAAUUUUACCUCCAGCUCGUGACAAUGAAAAACUUUCAUUGUAUGAUCAGUUUCCUCGUGGUCGUUGUCCAGAAGGAUUCCAUCAAUCUGGUGACGAAUGCUUAUAUUUUCUUGUUGAUGGCAACUGUUUCUCAUGGCAGCAGACGCAUUGUGUAUGUGCACAACGCGUAGAUAGCGCCUUGAAAAAAUUAUCAGAGUCCGGUCAGACAAUUAUGAAACCGGCAAAAGGUGCUCGGCAAUUAGUAUUAAAUACUCCAGAUAAGACGAAAAUCUUGCGAGCAUUUCUUCAAAACUAUAAACAAGACAACUAUGGCGUUAACGUUCUAUAUGAUUUUAAUACUUUGCCACGAUGCUACGAUGGAGUAGAUGAAGACUGGCCGGAGUAUUGUGAAGAUAACUCAUAUUCGAAUUCAACAUGCUUCGAAACAGCAUCUAAUGGCAAAAACAAUAUUUGCUUACGAGAGAUUCCUUGCAAUGAUACAUAUUUAAGAGUUGCUUGUGAAUUUACAUUGCCGGGAAGUUCUGAAUUAACAAGCUCGAAAUUUCAUCAUUGUAUAAAACCGAAAGUUGCUGAUCAUUCAUCUACAUCUAUACCAUGGUGGGUAUGGUUAUUACUAGUUAUUGGUGGUAUCUUACUUCUUUUAUUUAUUAUUGUUGCCAUUGUCCUAUUGAUUUUGUUACUAAAAAACAAAAAGACUUCUACUGAUUCAGUAGUGAAAAAAGAUCCAGCUUUAAAACCACUUGUCGAUUCAAGUCCAGUAGCGGAAUCUGCUUAA